UUGGGAAAUUGGUCGCGGCAGUGGGCCUGCCGCGCGUGCCUCCGGCUGGCGUGUCAGUGUUGGCGGCCGCUCGCCACGGGAGAGGUUGGUGGAGGCGCGGAUGGCUCCCGGGCCGCGUCGCGCUUCCUGCUGUCGCCGCGGCACCAUGGACGACGAUGAUCUGAUCAAGUACUUUAACUCCCAGAUGGAAGGAGAUCCUGAUGUGGCUUCUGCCGUAGCUGCCAUCCGCACCUUGCUUGAGUUCUUAAAGAGAGACAAAGGGGAGACAAUUCAGGGUUUGAGAGCAAACCUCAAAAAUGCCAUUAAAAUCCUGUGCAGCGUGGAUUCUUCGGUGGCCGUCUCCUCAGGCGGAGAACUCUUCCUUCGAUUCAUCAGUCUUACCUCCCUGGAGUACUCAGAUUACUUAAAGUGUAAGACGAUCAUGAUUGAGCGAGGAGAGCUCUUUCUCAGGAGGAUCUCACUUUCCAGAAGUAAAAUUGCUGACCUGUGCCAUACUUUCAUCAAAGAUGGAGCUAGGAUACUGACUCACGCCUACUCACGAGUGGUGCUCAGAGUCCUGGAAAAAGCAGCCGCAGCCAAGAAGCGCUUCAGCGUGUACGUCACCGAGUCCCAGCCUGACUUAUCUGGGAAGAAAAUGGCAAAAGCUCUCAGCAGUUUGAAUGUGCCAGUCACUGUGAUUUUAGAUGCUGCUGUUGGCUACAUCAUGGAGAAAGUGGAUCUCGUGAUAGUGGGUGCAGAAGGAGUUGUUGAAAAUGGCGGCAUUAUUAACAAGAUCGGCACCAACCAGGCAGCCGUGUGUGCCAAGGCACAGAACAAGCCCUUCUAUGUAGUGGCAGAAAGUUUCAAGUUUGUCCGACUCUUUCCUCUGAAUCAGCAAGAUGUGCCAGAUAAGUUUAAGUACAAAGCGGCGACACUAAAGUCUGUUGGAGCCGGACAAGAUCUCAAAGAAGAACACCCCUGGAUUGACUACACCCCGCCUUCCUUAAUCACAUUGCUGUUCACAGACCUUGGGGUGUUGACACCCUCAGCAGUCAGUGAUGAACUCAUCAAGCUCUACCUCUAGCUCCCGGUCCUCUUUGACCAUCAAGUUUACCAAAAGCACAGGGUGGUGACCCAAGACAAAGUGGAGGAAAUAAAACUUCCAAGCUUUA